UAUUAUCUUGUGGUAAUAAAAAAUUAUGUACUACCUUAUUUCAUACAACUAAGUCAUACUGUUUGUUAUUAUGAUGGGGUGUAAGAAACUAGAGUCUUGACCUACAUAUUUCCGAAAUCAGCUGCGUUAACGUCACAACGACUCCUUGAUCGCAAUCGAACUACACAUUGUGGACUUUAGUCCCGUCAACGUCUUCGCGAAAAAGUGCUAAUAUUUUGAACAAAACCAAUCUUUGGGUAAGAAAAAGUACUCAAGCUAGGAGUUCGACUGGAAUAUAUGCAGACAGAACCAUAGUUUCACUUUACAAGCACAGCUGAUUUCACUGAUCUGAAUUUUCACAACCAAAGAUUGAAGGAUGUCGUCUCCUAGUCCAGGAAAGAAAAGAAUGGACACAGAUGUUGUCAAAUUAAUCGAGAGUAAGUACGAAGUGACAAUACUAGGUGGUUUAAACGAGCUUAUGGUAAAAUUCUUUGGACCUCCAGAAACUCCAUACGAGGGUGGGAUUUGGAAGGUUCGUGUUGAUCUUCCCGAACGAUAUCCUUUCAAAUCUCCGUCGAUUGGAUUCAUGAACAAAAUAUUUCACCCGAAUAUUGAUGAAGCAUCUGGUACAGUUUGUCUUGAUGUCAUAAACCAACAAUGGUCUGCUCUUUAUGACUUAACCAAUAUUUUUGAGUCUUUCUUGCCACAGCUUUUAGCAUAUCCAAAUCCUACAGAUCCACUUAAUAGCGAUGCUGCUUCUUUGUUUAUGUUCAAACCCUCAGAGUAUGUCACAAAAGUAAAAGAAUAUGUCCAACGUUUCGCAAGUGAGGAAGCUUUAAAAGCUGAAGAGAAUAGAGAAGCUGAGUCUAGUUCCUCAGAUGGUGAAAGCUCCAUGUCAGACUACACGGAUGAUAUGGCUAGAGAUAUGGAGCUAUGAUACUAUCUUUUGUAGGAGUGGAAAUGCACUAAGAUUGGUCUAUGCUCGCUACCGCUCUGCUUUCAUGCCACAAAUUAUAAUUUCAAAAGUAAAACAAUAAUUAUCAUUACUAUUAUUAUUAGUUACUGCUAUCACUUAUUAUUGUAUUGGUAGUUUAAAAGAUGACACUAUCCUCUAUUGGUUCCUCUUCGGACUUCUCUUAACCUUUGUUAUUAAUAUUAUUAUUUUCUUAUCAAUCUUUGUGUGGUUAGUGUUCAAUGUUUGUUGAUAACUGAUUGAUUGGUCAUUAAACUAGUGAACAACAACUUCGUGGUCUCUUAUAUUCUGCACUAUCGUAUAUAUAUAUGUAUAUAUAUAUAUAUAUAUAUAUAUA